UUAUAUAGUUCAGGGUGGCCUGGAAAUGUUGGGGAUCCUCUAGUGUGAGCUUUCUAAGUACAAGUGCUGGGAUCCCAGGUGUGUGUGUGUGCACCAAGCUCCCCUUUUUUUAUGUAAAGUGAAGGACGUGCUUGGUCUCCUAAGCAAAGUGCUGGAGACCUUAAGUGAAUAGCUGAGCCCUGGAGGUCAGAUGUAUGAGUCACUGAGGGACGGAGUCUGGGGCUCUUGAGCUGGGUGGGGCUUUUCUAUAUGGAACCCUUGGGAUGAGUCAGGUGAUGAUGGAAGAUUCAGUUGCUGGACUGCUAGGAAGGAGUUAAGUGAUUGCUGUCACCUCAGCAGAGCAUCAGGUUACCUGGGUGCAGGUUCUUCUAAGAAGGGGUGGAGCCAGGUUUUCCUCUGGCACUCCAGCCUGCCUGAGGUCUCCAGAGGAGGUUUGAAGAAUACCACUGACUAGGGAAGGGGCUUUGCUGGGUGUCCUCUUCCUAACCUUUGAUCCCUAAGUCCCCAGCUAUGUCCUUAUCACCUAGACUCUCCUCAGAGCCCCUCAGUCAUCCCCCCGGAGCCCCUAGGGAGCUGGAUGUUGCCCAAAGUACCAUCUGCCCUGGGCUGGCAGAGGAGACAAUCAGGCCAGAGCAGGUCCAGGACUCCUUGGACCCUUCUGAGUACUUCCAGGGUGCACUGAGAGGCACUGAGCCUGCUGCCAGCACCCCCAGGACACCAGCACCCCCUUCGCAUGAGGAACCAGCUGGCAGCAAGCUCCAGGAGCAUGCCAUCUCUGGCCGUGAAGUAUUGGAGGCUGAGCAUGACAGCCUGCAGCUCUGCCUGUUGGGGCUGGGCCUCCGACUGCAGGACCUGGAGCAAGGCCUCAGGCCAUGGACACUGGCCCAGAGCGGGAUGGCCCAGCUGCAGGUCUUGCAGGCAGAACUACGAGGGGCAGCAGAACGUGUGGAUGCACUGUUAGCAUUUGGUGAGGGGUUGGCACAGCGAAGUGAGCCCAGGGCUUGGACAUCUCUGGAGCAGAUCCUGAGGGCCCUCAGGGCCCACCGCGAUACCAUCUUCCGACGGCUCUGGAAGCUGCAGGCUCAGCUAGUCAGCUAUGACCUGGUGUUCGAGAAGGCCAACACAUUGGACCAGGACUUGGAGAUUGAAGGAGACUCAGACGGGCCAGGACCUGGUGGAGUCUGGGGGUCCUGGGCACCCAGUAACCUCCCCACUCCUGCAGAGUUGGAGUGGGACCCAGCAGCAGAUGUUGGGGACCUGGGGCCCUUGGGGCAAAAGACAGCCUGGGCUCUGGGGACUCCCCGUGAACUGUGUGGCCAGUGGGGCCCCCAGGGCAGGGGACAAGGCCUUGAGGACGUGCUCAUGUCGGGGCUCAGCCACUGGGAACAUUUAGGAAGUCACCGAAGACGCUCUCGGCUCCGGAAGCCUCAGGACAAGAAGAGGCAAGUGUCUCCCAGUCUCGAGGACAUGAUGCUGGAGGUUGAUGAUGGGGACCCCACUCCUGCAUCCAGGAGGCCCAGGACCUUCCUCCUUGUCCUCCUCCUCCUCUUCCUUCUCCUGGUGGGUGCCACGUUGCUGCUGCCCAUGUCAGGGGGCCCCUGCUGCUCUCAUGCCCGACUGGCCAGGACACCCUACCUGGUGCUCAGCUAUGUCAAUGGUCUCCCCCCAAUCUGAGUACCUAGCCCAGA